AUGGCACUAGCUGACGCUCUAAUCAAACCAAUCAUACCAUUACUACUCCAAGAAACAAGCACAUGGCCACCACCCGGUCCCAUGGCACUCGUAUUUACUGAAAAACCAUACAUCGAUUUUCGACAUGAAAAGAUUGAUGGUUUAUCAUUAUUAAAUUUAAGUUCAGCAUCAAUUGAAGAAUUAUUAUCGAUCACAGUGAAUAAUGAUGUUGUUAAAAAAUGA